AUGAAGUUUAAUUCGUUAGCCGCCAUCUUUAUCCUCGCCGGUAUUGCCUCUGCCAACACAGCUUGCCAAUGCAAUAUUAUCGAUCCAUCCAAAUAUAGCAUAGAAGGCGGAACAAGAGUCACUUGCCACGGAACAAUCACUGUCAACCAUCAGAAGCUUGCCGGUCGCAUGAUCCCCGGAGACCGCUGUUUACUGAACACGGACGGCUUGAAUCUACCCUUGGACAAGAUCCAGAAACAGUAUUCUCAGGAUUGUGCCAGGAUCAAUAUUGCGGAUGUCACUCCCUGGCCAAAUGCUACAUGCCAGGUCUCUCAAGAUUGA